GGCAUAUAGGUUAUCGAUCCAUCAAUUUGGUGUCACUUUAUUCUUAUUAGUAGCCUAUAUUUCUGUAUGCUACUGAGAGACAUUUAACCGUUUAAACCGCUCUUCGCGUAAUUUUAAUGUAUUGUAGGCUACUUGCUCGAUGAAGUCUAUUCUUGGUUGAAUUUACCGUGUAUUUUUUUAAGCUUGUUAGUCUUAGGGCCAGGCAUUGUCUUUAGUGACUGUGUUUUUUGCUAAGUACGUAAUGAGUUCGCCUUCAUGUUAAAUAGUUUAUAAUUUGUAUUGGAUUUACUACAGUACCUGGCGACAGCUGGUAGAGCAGCCCAGUAUGUAGAGGCAAUCGCAUAUCUUCAGGACAGGCUUUUGUGGAUAUGAGCUGGUCAUCGAUCAAAGAGGCAACAGUUUCCUUUCUUCUUCAAAGAAAGGCGUCCAGCAACAAUGCCGCAACCCAGAGUCAAGCUGGUGGUGACGGGAGAUGAUUUCGGCUACUGUCCUAAGAGAAACCAGGGGAUAGUGGAUUGUUUCCAGGCCGGGGGGAUUUCUAAUGUGUCCCUACUGGUUAAUGCCUCCUCGGCGAUUGAAGCGACCGAGCUGGCCAAAAGACACCGCAUUCCAAUCGGUCUCCACGCCAACCUCUCUGAGGGUCUACCAGUCUGCAAGGGCUUAAUGAGGAACUCCACUUUACUCAACAAGGAUGGCUUCUUCCAUGGGAAAAUGGGCUUCCGGAAAGCCUUGCAGAGCGGUCAGCUUAGCAUGGCGGAGGUGGAGCAGGAGCUGCGGGCCCAGGUGAGGCUGUUUGGAGAGCUGAUGGGUCAUAUGCCCUCUCACAUGGAUGGACACCAGCACAUCCAUGUGCUGCCAGAGGUGCGUGAGGUGUUUGCUCAGGUGCUGUCUGACUGUGGCAUCUCCUACACGCGUGUUCCGGUUGAGCGGGGACUACACGCGUGUCCCUGGCUGUCCCCUGUCCUCAGAGACUUUUAUAUGCAGGUGGAGAAGGACGCGCUGGAGUCCAUCCCAGUGUUCAGACAUCAUGGCAUCCGAUGGCCUGACGUGUACCUGGGUCUAACUACAAUGGGUGGCAACAUGUCCAUCACUAACCUGAGAAGAGCAUUCAGCCACGCCCUGGACGGAUGGGUCUCACUAUCUCCCCCUAGUGGAGUUGACAGGAUCCACACCAACUUGGCCCAUACGGUGCUGACGGCCGAGCUCAUGGUGCAUCCUGGGUAUCCCAGUCAGCCCCAGGAGGGUGGGUGUGGCGAGGGGCCGGAUGACUUCUCCCAGUCAGUUGACCGGGAGCAUGAGCUGAUCACCCUGAAGGACCCAGCCCUGCUGGCCUUCUACACCAAGGAGAGAGUCCAACUCUGUGCCUUCAGGGACCUCUGAGGCCCCCUGCAGGAACUCCCAGGGAUGGGGUCACAGGUUUUCCUAAAAAUCUCUCGUUUUGUAAAUAUCUGUUAAAGAAUUCCAGGUCAUAGGAUUACGUGCACCCAGCAGCUUCUCCCCUGCUGAUUCUCAAAUGUGGAUUUUCGAAAUUAAGCGGGUAUUGGAUAUUUUAUUUUUUGACUUGUUUCCAAUUCCAAGGACUUCAUCCGCUGCUCUGUCAUUGGUGUAACCUUACCUCAGAGUUACCAGGUAGCAAUCUCUGUAGGAAAUGAUCAGUUUUUCAUUCACCUCAGUGUUGAGGAGCAGGAAGAACACCUCCAUCAUUCCAACACUAAUGUCAAAUCCAGUCAUCACAUGUCGGUGCCAAAACUCUGUGGCCCGAAUAGGACGUGCCUACAGCCUAUAUUUUUAAUACGCAUUUUUAAAUUAUGGACAUUUGCAUAAGCUAUGUAUUUAUAAUUGUGCAUGCAGACUGCCCAGGUCUUAAAAUGUUCUUAUUUAAAAUUUAUCAUGUAUAUUUUUGUUAACAGUUCAUGUGAAAAAAUGUAUGUAAUGUUAUUCUUGGAAUAUCACAAGACCAAGAAAGCACAAGCAUUAGAAGUGCAGUACUGAAUAGGCCACAAUAGCCAUAGUGAAUUCACAAUAGUGAAUAAAUUAAAGAUGGUGACAGAAAAUAAAAGGCAUAACUCUUGAAUUCAGUUUUGUAUCUUGAAUUAAGGGGCAAUGUAUAUCCAAAAUUAAUAUUCUGGAACUUCAAGCCAGGUCACUUUGUCAAAUGGCACUUUAUUCACUAGUAUUAGCACUGUUCAAAAGUGCAAGUAAAUGUGUAUAUCACUAAAUAUCUGUAUAUAUCCUAAAUGCUGAUUGGCUGAUAGCCAUGGUAUAUGAUGCUGCCACUCCAUGGUGGACUGAUGACACAGAUUUCCAUCUCAGCGGUUCAAAUCACUGUACCUCGAAUUUCAGUCAGCAAUCUACCAUAAACAUUAACCAAGCGCCAGUAUGAAAUGGACCUGUAAUCUCUAAAGCUAAUUUUGACUGGUAAAAAAUUGGGUGAAUCUCACACAUAGCCGAUCCCAUGGGUAUGAGUCUGUAAAUGGGGACACUGUUGCAGUCACCAGGAGUUGUGGUCCCCCCAGUGGUUAGUUUUUACUGAAAUAACACCUUAAUACCCACACGAUUGGCCUCCCCCAAAUCUGGCCUGACGCCUUUAUCCAGAUCGACAAAGGAGAGUCAAUCUGCCAGCCUACAUUCAGUGGCUCUGGAACAUAUUCAUACCCCUAACUUUCUCCACGUUCUGUAGAACGAGCAUUGAUUGAUUGCAUUUCCCCAGCGUGUAAACGAUUCUAGUGUAGACUUCCUGGUUGAGCAAGCAGCAUGAUAAAUUCGUAACAGAGCUGAAUUUACUUUGAAAGACUUCUUGAUGUCGACUGUCCCCAGUCUCCCGGGAAUUUCUGUGAUGAUGGAAUGUGAAUGGAACGAUCGAAUUUGAUACCACGGUAUUACAUGUGAAUGUGGAUAAAGUAAAAAAAUAAUCUAGAAUAACCAGAUACUAAAAUAUAGUGCCUUUGAAAAGUAUUCAGAACCAUUCACUUUGUCCACAUUUGUAAUUGAUUACAUUCCAAAGGCAAAUGACAUUUUGGUUUUGCCAACUAUCUAAGCCUAAUAACCCAUUAACGACAAAGCAAAAAUAUAUCUUUCAAAAUGUGUGGAAAUGUAUUGAAAAUUAAAAACCUGAAAUAUG